UCGCCGCUCCGUCCCCUCACCACCGCAGACCACGGCCCCGUCAGUGGCCGAGCCGCCGCUGCGCUCUUCCCUCCCCGGUCUUUCUCCUCCUCUUCCUCUUCCUCUCCUCGCUGAGCUGCGUCUCUGUCCGCCGGCGCCGCAUCAUCUGCAUCCCGAACAUGGGAACACAAAGCCGUCGUUCUUCCAUCUAGACGGAGAGUCGCACCUCACAGAGUCAAGAUGGGGAACAUGGAGCCACCAGUCUCCCCCAGCUGGCUGAGCCCCGAUCCCACAGCGUGGGCCAGCGGGGCCCCGAUGGACAACGGCACCAGCUUAGGGUUGUUCCCGGCGGAGGACUCCCCCCUGCGGCCCAGCCAGCUGCCACUGCUGGUCAACCCCUGGGACAUCGUGCUGUGCUCAUCGGGGACCCUGAUUGCCUGCGAGAACGCCUUGGUGGUGCUGGUGAUCUGGCAGAACCCGACGCUCAGAGCCCCCAUGUUCCUCCUGAUCGGCAGCCUGGCUCUGGCCGACCUGCUGGCCGGCCUGGGCCUGGUCCUUCACUUCACCUGUGCCUACCUGCUCCGCUCAGACUCGGCCCAGUUGCUAACGGUGGGUCUGGUGGUGGCUUCCUUCUCGGCCUCCGUCUUCAGCCUGCUGGCCAUCACCGUCGACCGCUACCUGUCGCUAUACUACGCCCUCACCUACAACUCUGAGCGGACGGCGGCCUUCACCUACACCAUGCUGGUGCUGCUGUGGGGUCUCUCCCUGUGUCUCGGCCUGCUGCCGGUCACCGGGGUCAACUGUCUGGCCGAGGAGGUCACCUGCAGCGUGGUUCGACCUCUGACCAAGAACAACAUCGCGGUCCUGUCCGUCUCCUUCCUGCUGCUCUUCGGCCUCAUGCUGCAGCUCUACGUCCAGAUCUGCAAGAUCGUGAUGCGCCACGCCCACCAGAUCGCCCUGCAGCACCACUUCCUGGCUGCCACGCCCCACUACGUCACCACCCGGAAGGGCGUGUCCACCCUGGCCAUCAUCCUGGGCACCUUCGCCGCCUGCUGGAUGCCGUUCACCGUCUAUUCCCUCAUAGCCGACUACACCUACCCUCCGCUGUACACCUACGCCACGCUGGUGCCUGCCACUUACAACUCGGUCAUCAACCCGGUCAUCUACGCCUUCAGGAACCAGGAGAUCCAGAAGGCGCUGUGGCUGGUGUGCUGUGGCUGCGUGCCGACCAGCGUGGCGCACCGUGCCCGGACGCCCAGCGACGUGUGACCUCGGAGACCCCGGGUGGGACGAGAGGGGGUCAGCUCUGCUCCUCCGCUGGAGCCGUCCAGCGUUACGAGGAGGGCCGCAGCGUCGGGAUGCGGGUGCAGCUCUGGUUGGAGGCGCAGAAGCCCGCUGCGUCUCCCUGUCUUCCCAGGUGGGCUGCAUCCUGCCCACUCUGAGUGUUCUCACUUUCUGCAGGAAAGCGCAUCCCCAUGUUCCCUCUGACAGCUCUGUAGCUUUACUUGUUUUCAUGAUGCACAGAAGUGAUCCCUGCUGAGGAACACUUGAAGCCCGUCUGGUGCAGCAGCAGCAGCGGCGCCCGGUUGCUGCCGCCGCCGCCGCCACUGCACUCUGGACGUGCGUCGAAAGCUGAGCAGACGUGGAGAGCUAAAAAUAGACCCGAUGCUCUCUGAUCCGCUCCACAGACGCCGAGGAAGAAAUCCAGCCUCUUUUUUUUUCUCCUCGCCUCGCCCAUUUCUCUCCCCUCCUCCCAGCUUUGUCUCCUCCCUCUUCUGGCUGUCGAUUGCGCAUAAAUGCGCAACAAAAAGAAAGGCUCCAAACAGACCCGUCCUAGCAGUACUUGCCCUCUGUAUUUUUGUUAGUUCAUAUAUACCAAACCAAAAAGAAACCCUAUAUUUAACUCUUUUUUAAAAAUGUUAAUAAUCUAACUAUUUAAAAAGACAUCUGAGGAUCUAAUUGGAGAUCCAAUUCACCAAAGUUUUCCAAAAUAGCUCAAUGUUUUGUGAUUUAAUCAGAAAGGUAUCAAAACCAUUAGAUUUAAAGCAAAACCACGCCAGACUUUUCUUCAAAAUCAAUCAAACUCACUUUAGAUAUAGUUUCCAAUCUAUAAAACAUUUUAUUACGAGGUGCAUCUGUUUCUACCUGAAAUGAAAUCCCGUAAAGAGGAAGCAUCCGCACAAACAUGCCUGCUGUGACAUCACAAAAGGUAUGAGGAAUCUGUCCAGCGUUCUUCUGACGAAAUCCGUUUGUAUUAUUGUUUCAUUUCCCCCCCUCUACGUUCAUCAUUUCGAUCAAUUUCUUCAGUCAACACAGGGUUGAACGUCUGGCUCGAAAUUCAGCUCAGAAUCAGCGUUCAGAGUCGUCCAUCAUAAUCCAGGCUAAUCCAGGCUGUUCAGCUUGGUUCUUGUGCCUCUUGUGACGUCACCAACCCAAAUUAUAAAGAUGUAUUUUUUUCCCCCUGUCAGCUCCUUUUUUUUGGUUGUUGUUGUAAAAAAACAAACAAAAAAAAACUUUCUGUUUUGUGAAUCCAUGUUUUGCCACCCAGCUGUGUUCUUCUUGUCGGGGUGCAUCUGUUUGCGAGAGCAAAAACAACACAGGGCAGCAACUUUAACUAACGGGAUUAGCUGUAAUUAGCAUGCAACCAGCACAGUCCAGGCCGCGCCGCGCGUGGCCACUGCAGGCUAUCUGCUGCCUGACUUCAUCGUGACCCAAAUCAUUUUGUCCAUGUACAAAGUACCACCCUGUUCCUCACAUGCGCUGCAUUAUAAGAGCUAAAACUGUCACACCAAGGUCAUGGGAGCUGUUAUUUGUUGGUUUUUUUUUAUUUUAAAUGUUGCUGUUUUGCUUUCAGCAUUACGAUGCCUUGCAAAAGUUUUCAACUUUUUCACAUUGUACGACGUUACAACUAGUCUUAAAUGUGUUUCGUUGGGAUUUUAUGGGGGGGGGGAAGAAAUUGAGCGUAAUAUAGAGAACUGGAAGAAAAUUUGCAUCAAAAGUCUUGUGCGCUGCAAGUACUUUGCAGAAAACCUCCAGCUGAGGGUGUUCGGGGGAACGUUUGGGUUGUUGCUGCUGGAAGGUGAACCUCUGCAGCCUGUCGGAGGUUUACUUCCAGGGCUGGCACUUUGUUUGGCUCCAGCCGCGUUCCCACCCGACUCCGACCAGAUUCUCUGUGCCUGACGAAGCGUCCCCGCAGCAUGAUGCUGCCACCAGCUUGUUCUCAGUGCUUUCAUGGUGUGUUCAGGGUGACGUGCGGUGCUGACACAGCGCUCCGCACGCAGUUUUAAUUCUGGUCUCAUCUGAUCUGCUUUCCUUUUCUAGCUGAGGAAUAAUAAUAAUAAAAAAAUAAACAUCCCCAUGGCAUAAUACUGCCACCACCAUGGACAAAACUUAAACCACGUUAAAGUUUUGUCCCACCUUACUUUUAUUUAGUUGAUCUAUUAAAAUCCCAGUGAAAUACACCACACUUUCUGCUUGUGACGUGGUAGAUUCAGAACAGCUCCUGGAGGUCGGAGAACCUUUGCAAGGCGUUGUGUAUGUGAGCCUCAUCACUUCCAAGCUGCUCUGAGUUACUGUUUCCAAUCACCUGUUGGUUCUACUGUUACUCCAGCUCUUGUCAGCAAUAACUAGCCUGAACGGUAGUUAUUUUUUUUAGAUGCGAAGCAAUACUCAGACAGCAAUAACAUCCGCGCUCCGUGAAGCACCACAACGUUCCUGGAAAAGUGAAAGACACAACAAAAGGAAGCGUUGGGUUAAUCACUCCCGGGGGGUCGGUGCUGAGACCGAGCUGCUCGUUCAUCCUGGUGAAACACUGCCUCAUUUUAUCCACAAAACCCGGAUGGGGUUCUGAUUAUUUGUCAUAUGGGGGAAGGGGUUGUGAAGUUCUUUUUCUCGCCGUUUGCCUCUGCCUUCCUGAGCGGAUAAGGUUUCACUAGGCGUUGUCGGCUUGAAUAACAAAAAAGGGAUUUUUAAAUUUUUUUUAUGACUGUGCAUCUAUUCUGAGUCGCAUGGCAUUCUGGGUGUGUGUGUGUGUGUGUGUGUGUGUGCGCGCGCGCACAUGUGCGCUAUGAUGUGUCUCCUGUGUCGUCGAGACCCCUGACCUUAGAGGAUUUACGCUGUCAGUCUUCCUGUCGGUUCGGAGGAAAGUGGCCUCGUUCCGUGUUUCUUGGCGGGAAGUGGGACCAGGACGUUUUUGGCGCUUCAAGCCAAAGGGAAAAGUGACUCUGAAUGAACUUUCACCCCAAUCCUGCUGGGGUUUCUGUCGUCACACUCCAGCUUAAAUCAGCCUGGCUGAGGCAGGUGUCUGUCAAGUGACCUCUGAAUGAUCGAUCCUAUGAGCUAAAAACGGCUACUUCCAAAUACAGAGAUGAGUUGUUGUUUUUUAUUAUUAUUUGUAUUGUUUUUAUGUUUGAUUCAUUGAGCCUUUUCACGACAUUCCAGGAGCUUCAAGUUUUCAACUUUUCUUCGAAGCAGGAGAGAAAUAUUUAUUUUAGGACUGGAAGGUCAGCUUGGAAAAUGAAAAUCAACAUUUGGAAUCAUGGAAAAGUAGCCUGUGCGAGGGAAUGUGUGCAGAGGGAGGCUCAAACCGGUAGACCUUCAGUGUCGGGCAAAAAGUGUUCACACCACUUUUCCGGGUCCACUUUUUGUUUCAUUUCAACCACAGAGUCCAAAAAUGUUUUCUUGUUUUAUGUUUCUACAAUUAACGAUCUAAGAAAUGUCCACCUGCAUUCAGAGACACCUUUUCCUGUAUAGCUAGAAAGCUUUGUGGUCUAACAAGUAGAAUAUCCUAUUAAGCUAAAUCUUAAUAAUAAUUAAAAAAAAGUCAGCCUACUAUAAAAUUCUUCUUAUUAAAGCCAAAAACCUAUUUAAUAAAAAUUGAUAUUUUGUGUUGCAAAUAUUUUUAUUUUUGAAAAGAUUUUUAAUUUAUCUGCAUUGUAUUGAAAGGCCUUUUGCUUCAUAAGAAAAAAUAUAUAUUUUUCUACUUCAGCCAAUAUGCAGCUGGAAGCCACAUUGUAGUCCAGGGCCGCAAAAAAUGAUUGUGAGGGCCACAAAUGGGCCACAGUCCGCAGUUUGGACACCAUUGAUCUAAACCCUUCCAAUGUAGCCAACAGGUUACCGUCCUUUAUAUCAACACCGAUCAGCUAACCCGCUUCGGUUGUGGGAAAGCAUCCUGAUAGCAUAAUACCACCACCACCAUGUUUCUCAAUCUUGGUAUAUUUAGGGUGGGUUAAUUUUCAAUUUCUUUUACAUCUCAGGUAAAGAAAAUUACAUACAUGCAAACUACUGCAUACCAAACAUUGUUGAGAUAUGUAGAAAAUAAUUUCCCUUCCACUUCACUGUUCACAAUGUCUUGUAAAAUCCUAAUAAGCUGAACUGAAGCCUGUAGUUGCAACAUCAAUGUGGAAAAGUUCAAGAGGUAUGAAUGGUUUUUGCAAGGUGCUGCAGGUCAGACGCAUCAUAAACCUUUACUGUUGACCUUUUGUAGAAUAGUCUAUUUUGUUACGGUCACUCAGAGGUUGUAUUUCCUUUUUUCCUCCUUUCAGGUGUCUGACGUUGUACGACACGAGCGCGCUGUAAAGCCUUUCUCUGAAUGUAGUAUCUAUCAAGCUCCUUCUGAGUUUUGUUUCUGUAAAUAGGGCCUGCUGAACAGGAGGGGGGCUUCUUACCACCAUGCACGGUGCUACCAAAGCUCAUUGGUCUGAGGGGAAGAGUUGGGUUGCACCAUUUUUUUUCCCUCUGUUGACGUUUGAUUCAUUUGCUCUCUUCCAAUAUGCAGCAGAUUUUAUUCAUUUUUUUUUAAAUGUUUGCUGACUGACGGUAAGGGCAAAUGUUUGAGAAUUGAAUCGACACACAGUCGGGGAAUGUGAAUCUCUUGUUGCAGCUGUACUGACAAGGUUUUCAUUGCUGAGCAUUUGAAUAAGGGCUUUGUAUCAAGGAAAGCUGAUGAACUUCGGGGUUGGGUGUAAUUAUCGGGGUUUUUUUUUAAAACACCUUGUUUAUCUACUUAAUGCAUUUAUUUUGUGAUAAUAAUGCACAAAGAUGUGAACAAAUUCUUUUUUCUUUUUAUAUCAGUGAAAAGAUGUUGGACCAGCAGGACGAGGCGUCUUUCUUUCUGAUGGUUACUAUUUUAGAGCUAAGCAUCAAAACACGCAAGGGCCUGUGAAUGUGUGUGUGUGAGCGUGAGAGUGUGUGUUGCUGUUUAUGUAUUCAUUUUUUUAAGAUGGAGAUGAAGUUGAAGUCACAGUAACAGCAUCUUGUGUAGAUGUGAUUUUCAAUGUGAAAUGCACUUUAUUUUUUGGGGGGGUGAAAAUGGCACAACGAAUAAUUUAUCUGCAAAACGAAACGUAUUAAUGAUAAUCAACCUGCACUAACCUAACUGAAAUAUUGUAAAGGAAAAACAAUGUUUAUGUGAACGUGGCGUCUAUUUUUCCAAGGUGUUAGAUGUACUUUUUAUUGCUUUGGUUAGUGCACUCCACUGAGAGAUUUUGUAUUAAAGACAAACAUGUGCUGUGCAUAAAACUCCUGCCUCCACUGAUUUUUUUUUUUUCUCUAACCAGUGUUUAUUUUCCAUC